AUGCUGUUUGCUGUGUCUCUGUUGAGAAUCCUGCAUGCAGCCUUAUCCCCAGGAAGCAGUGAUAGACCAUCUUCAUCCUCAUCCCUUGGCACUACCAUUCCCCCAGCCCAUGCCCAUGUGAAGAGGUGUGCAACAGAUGACCUAGAACAGAUUAUGUCAUUCUCUUCAUCAUCAAAUUGUAUUGUGUCCUCCUCACCUCUCCAUUCAACAUUUGAGCUUCCCAAACAUGCAUAUGGACAUCUUGGCAACCUGUCACCUAUCAAGUGGGAUCUCACAGACAACUGUGACUUGGCAUUGAAGACCCAGACCAAAUUGAUGAAAGGAAUCUAUGAAACUUGGCAUGAGUUUCAGAAGGUGAAGGUGUUAGUGGAGAGAGCCAUCAAUGCAGUAGAUGCAACAAAUGCUCAGCUGGCAUUAGGAGGGAUGUAUGUGUCUAAGGUCCAGACACAACUCCUGACAUGGGAGGAGACAGAGAAGUCAAAGGAGGAUGGUGGUCGCAUCAAGGGAACAUUCGGUCGUGUUGUGACACAUCAGGGCUUUUUGAGGGACCAAGCCAAGCAUAAUCAAAGAAAAUUAGAUGAGGGAGAGUUGGAGAGGCUAAAGGAAGAGGCCAGGGAGUGGUGGAAGAAGCUCAAUGAGGCACAAAAAGCAGAGGUUGCAAGAUGGCAUGAAGAAAAAGGGCACUUUGCUGCACUCAAACAGAAAGUAUCUCCUAAGCCAUCAGAGGUCUUAAUGAGGGCCUGGAUGGCUGAAAACUACCCACAGCUUCAACAGAACAAGAAUCCUGUGACACUGGAGGCCCUGGAGAACAUAGAACAAGCAGUGAUGGACAGAGACAACAGUCCAGCAUGA